AUGGCUCACACAUCCUUCCCUUCGGACCUACCUGUCCCUCAGGAUGACGGCGCGUGUUCGCACUUGAGCGGGACACAGAUACCUUCCGUAUCCUUGUCUGCAACGUCAGGAGACUGGCUUGAUGUCUCAAUUUAUCCGGGCCUGACAAUCGUCUUCUGCUAUCCGCGUACCGGUGCACCUGGUGAAACAAUCACUGAAGAUUGGAACUCCAUACCAGGAGCACGAGGCUGCACACCUCAGGCGUGCAGCUUCCGCGACGAGAUGGCCAAACUACGCGACCUCGGCGCACAGCGUGUAUUUGGAUUGUCGACUCAGGACACUGCCUACCAAAAAGAGGCCAAGGACCGGCUGCAUUUACCCUACGAACUGCUUUCGGACGAGAACCUACACUUUGCCAAUGCCCUGAAACUACCCACUUUCAAAUGGCAAGAUAAGACACUGAUCAAAAGAUGCGCCCUCGCGAUCGAAGACGCAGUCAUCGUCAAAGUCUGGUACCCUGUUUUCCCUCCCGACAGCAGCGCGAAAGACGUAGUGGGAUGGCUUGCAGGCAGAAAAUAG